AUGGAUACUGAAGAUCAAGUUGAUUCAAGAGCUUGGAUUAAAGGAUUAUUUAUUGAGAAUCCAAAUUGGGUUGCUCUUCAAAUUCACCCCAUACGAAGGAAGAGUGGUAAAGAUGAUCCGAGAUACCGUCUUGGAGUUAAGGGGUCUCUGAUUUCCAUAAUAGGGAAUAAGAAGAGAUAUAAUUAUGAAACGAUUGAUUGGGUUGCUACUGAAUCAAAAAUCAGAGAUAUCCACUACGACGGAGAAAGCAAUUCAAUAGAUGAAGUUGGAUCAAUGCGCGACGAAGAAAAUCGGACGAGAAUACUCAUGCGGUUAGAGAAGAAGAAGCGAGCAGCAGGUGAUGAUUUAGAGUAUCUUGAUGUCAAGCUUAAGGAUAGGAGACUGAAUGACAUUCAUUUUGUCAGUAAAUCGACAUCAACAACCUCUGACAAUGACCAAAGUCGAAUAAAACUACUAUGGAUUUUACUAAGUAACAAAGAUCUAUUGAUAUCAAAUGGACUUAUGAAGAGCAUCGUUCCUGUCUUCAAAGAAAAGUUCAAAUCUGAUAAAUCAAAUCUACGUCAGUAUGUUUGGAUUAACAAGUCAUCUAUCGAUGUGUAUGGUAAAGAAUCCAAUCUGAAGCAUAACUCGGCGAUCGAUAAAGUUGAUUGGCAAUCGACGCUUAGUACAUUUUUAAGCAUGGUUAAAUCCAGAGGAUUAGAACUAUCUAUGGUCGGGACACCUGACGUCGAAAUGUCUAUUAAACAAUUUCAGACAGCCGACGAUGAUGAUCGAGAGGCGCGACAUGGUAUCAAAAGCGGGCUGAACGAAGACAGAGAUGAAAAUAUAUCAAUCCCUGACAACGAUGCUAAACAAAUACUAUUAGAUUAUUACACUCAGCUGGCAAACGAGCACAUUACAAUUCCAUUCCGGAUGCCUCCGAUUGUUAAUUCAAAAACCGGUAUCAGACCGCACACAGAUUACUACUUCGGUCAGCCAACAGCCUCUCGGCCUUUCAAUAUCAUCACGAUCGAUGACUACAACAAGAAACAUAAACAAGUGUCUGGUGUUGCCUUGAAGGGAUUAAUGAAGAAUAUUCAAUGGAUGACUACGUUCACAUCGCUGCUGGAUCAUUUUGACGAAUUAGAUGCAUACCUCUCAAAUAUUGAUUAUGAAUUUCCUUCGAAUGAUAAAGAAGCGGCGAGGGUAACUGCGGAAAAGAAACUCAAUGAAGAUCGUCGAAAUAAUCUUGAUCACAAUUUGAUGGUCCUAAAUAUGGCCAUCAUAGGGACUGCACAAGAUAUCAUGCGACAAAGUAUAGGGGAAUACCAUGACGAAGACCUACAGAAACUUCAUGAUGACGCUGAAGCUUCUUUUCAGACGUAUGGCGAGGCUCAGAAACGAUAUGAAGCGGCUAAGCUGGCUGUCAAAGGAUCUAACUCAAAAGCAGCGAGAUCCGCUCUGAAGGCAACCCAUUCAGCUCUUAUUGCUACUAAGUCCGUUUAUCAGUCUAAAGCAAAACGAUAUUCGGAUGCUCGACCUAAAUUACAGGGUCGUGGUUUGAGAGGGGCUGGAGUAGCUCCACUAGAAGGAGUAGUCAGACGCGGUAGAACCUAUAACCUGAAUGAAAUACAGGGGUUAGCUACUCCGUCUGCAUACAUAUAUCGACAACUUGGUAGUAAGUAUAUUCGUUUGCCUGAUCUUGAUGCUAAGACGUUGGUCCUGGUACAGCCAAAUCGACGCAAAUGCGGUCCCAAGUGCUCGAUUAGUGAUAGUCUUCAAGCUAUGAUCAAGACCCUCGUCUAUAAGCAGAACAUAGACCAAAACGAUUUCGAUAAGCUCGCCAUCGAUGACAAAAAAAUGUUCAAAGAGAUUCUUGCCAUCACACAUCUCCAGUAUCAUUUCCAUGAUAAACUCGAGGAUCCGCUACAAACGCUUAGAGCCGAGUAUGAUAAGCUCAAAGGAGAGCUUGAGCUAGGAAACGAUGCUCCAAGUAUAAUUAAGCAACUGAAGUCUCUCACAGUGGAUAUGUACAGCAACCAUCUCAUCUCGGAUAACGAGUUUCGCGAUAUUAUCACUCGAAUACUAUAA